CGAAGUCGUAAGUUCGAACUCGCGGUGCUUGUCUUAGGCGACUGAAGCGCUAGCUAUCUUCCGUUAUGUUUCUAUACUUCUAUGCCCUACGUCUCUCGAUGGUCAGCUCUCCCUGCUCCCUGACUUGCGCGUUGGCGAGUGCCUUCAACGAUGACGCCGAUCCGAGCCCCGAUCCUCUCCCGCAUGAGGUAUAACUUGUCUAACUUGCUUUGGGGCUUCAUAAGCGUCAUCUACAUCCUACCACUACGCUCCCCUUGCUUCCCGCCACGAACUAUAACAGCAAGGAAUAAUAUUCAGUCGCGAUGGCGCCAGUCUACGCGCUUGACCACUAUUAUCUGGGUAUAACCCUGCUUGUCACGAUAGGGUAUCAGAUGCUCGGCUUCUUUAUCGCCUGGACGCUACAGUUCGACAAGAUCACCGACUUUACUGGAGGCAGUAAUUUCUUCCUCCUCGCACUUCUGACGCUCCUCAUUGGAAACACUUUCCAUGCGCGCAACAUCGUGGCGAGCGUACUCGUCAUGAUCUGGGCGACCCGCAUCGCAGGCUUCCUCCUAUUCCGCGUACUCAAGACGGGCAGCGAUGCCCGCUUCGACGAUAUACGGUCGCACUUUCUCAAAUUCUUGGGUUUCUGGGUCGGACAAAUCGUCUGGGUUUGGACCGUGUCUCUCCCCGUCACAAUUCUAAACUCGCCCGCUGUGUCGGACACGCGCUUCGGUGGGUCCGACCCGGCCUUCGGGACUGGACGCGAUAUCGCAGGCAUUGUGCUUUGGGCUAUCGGCUUGGUCAUCGAGACCGUGGCGGAUGGACAGAAGUUCUACUACAAGUCAAAGAAAGCCGUCCCGAAGGACAAGCCGAUGAAUAAAGGCCUUUGGGCGUGGUCCAGGCAUCCCCCUUACUUCGGCGAAAUGCUCUGCUGGUGGGGGAUCUGGAUCCUGUGUCUCUCGCCUACGACGAAGGGGACCCUGUCCUCGUCCGCUAGGGCGGCGCAAUAUGGCGCCGUCGUGUCUCCGUUAUUCACUUUCAUCCUCCUCAUGUUCGCCUCUGGCGUGCCCACUGCCGAGAAGCCCACCGGGCGUAAGUUUUACCUCAUGAGCCAUGGGCCCCAGUCCGAGGAGGCCAAUUCGGGUUUCCCGGACGCCUGGACGAACUACAAGGCGCACCUCGCCCGGACGUCCGUCCUGAUCCCCCUACCGCCAGCGCUCUACCGCCCGCUGCCGUUGUGGGUGAAAAGGACGGUGCUGAUGGACUUCCCGUGGUAUCAGUUUGAUGAGGCGAGGGAUGGGCCGGGGGCGGUGGAGGAGGAGAGGAAGAAGACGAUGGACAGGGAGUAAGGAAAAGGACAUAAUUCCAGUGGGUGCAUGAAUAUGAGAUUGUUUGAUGUACGUCAAGUACGCAUUCGGCUUCUCUUGUACAGAUACAGAAGAAAAGUGGUUGCCUGAACCAGUCGCAGUUGCAGUGUAAGACGCUGCAC